CUCAACACCACAACCGCUACCAAAAACUACUGCUAUAAAAUAGGAAAAAAUGGAUCUAGAUACAGUCCAGCUUCCAACCUCCACUGGGAAGGCUCCCAUAGCAACAGUCCUCUGCGCAACAUGCGGUGCCCCAAUCGACGGUUCAACCGGUGUAGCAAUGUGCUACGACUGCAUAAAACUCAAUGUUGACAUCUCCGACGGUAUUCAGCGCGAAGCCACGAUCCACUUCUGCCGCGGCUGCGAUAGAUGGUUGCAGCCACCCACUCAAUGGGUCUCCGCAGCGCUCGAGAGCAGGGAGUUGCUCGCGCUGUGCCUACGGAAACUGAGGGGCCUGGCGAAGGUCAGGAUUAUAGAUGCCAGCUUUAUCUGGACGGAGCCCCAUUCGAAGAGGAUUAGGGUCAAGAUUACGGUCCAACAGGAGGCGUUCCAGAGCACGAUCUUGCAGCAGAGCUUUGAGGUUGAGUAUGUUGUUGCUUACCACCAAUGCCCCGAUUGUGCCAAAUCUUUUACUGCGAAUACUUGGAGGGCGUGCGUGCAGGUUCGACAAAAGGUCCCGCAUAAGAGAACAUUCUUGUACCUUGAGCAGUUGAUUUUGAAACAUAAUGCUCACAAGGAUACCAUAAACAUUCGGGAGGUCAAGGAUGGGCUUGAUUUUUAUUACUCACAAAGGAAUCACGCUACGAAGAUGGUGGACUUUUUGGGGGCGGUUGUCCCGAUCACUUCGAAGAAGUCUUCUGAGUUGAUUUCAACAGAUAUCCAUACCAGCACUAAGUCCUAUAAGUUUACAUAUUCCGUUGAGCUAGUUCCUAUCUGCAAGGACGACCUAGUGUGUAUCCCGAUCAAGAUGGCAAGAUCACUGGGAAAUAUUUCCCCCCUCCUCCUCUGCACCAGAAUCGGAAACUCCAUCCACCUGAUGGACCCUGGCACCCUCCAAGUGGCUGACGUCCAAACCUCCGUCUACUGGCGCGCUCCCUUCUCCUCCCUUGCGGAUGUACAAGAAUUGGUAGAAUUCAUAGUCUUAGACAUUGAGCCCUCUGGCCCGACCCACGGCCGCUUCGUUCUCGCAGACGCACAAGUCGCCAGGGCAUCUGACAUGGUCUCUAACACCCAAAGCUACCUCGUCCGCACACACCUUGGCGGCAUCCUACAUCCAGGUGAUUCGGUCCUUGGCUACCAUCUCAGCGGUACAAACUUCAACAACCCGCAAUACGAAGACCUAGAACGCACAGUACCAGGCCAGAUUCCGGAAGUGGUGCUUGUGAAGAAGAGUUAUCCGCGGAAGAAGAAGAACAAGAACAGGAACUGGCGCCUUAAGCGUAUGGCUCGCGAGGAGUCGGAUAUGCUUCCAAGGAAGCAGGACCAGGAGCGCGCCGAGAGGGACUACGAGAUGUUCCUUAGAGAUGUUGAAGAGGAUACAGAACUUAGGGCUUCAUUGGCAUUGUAUAAGAACACGAGGAAGAAUCCGCCCAAAACACAGAGGAUGGAGGGGGUAGAGAUGGAAAGUGUACCGGAAGAAAGGGCAGAACCAGGGAGCGAGGUGGAGCAGGAUGUCGAGGAUGAUGACGGCGACGACGGCGAUCUUCCGGAGAUUGCGAUAGACGAAUUAUUGGACGAGUUCGAGGAGAUGCAUGUGCAGGACUGAUUGAAAGCUUAUCCUUGGACUAUAUUCUGUAUCAUCCGAAAAUUUUGCGAGGGGUGGGAGUGUCUGCGGUCUUGUAUAAUAGCUUGCCUUUUUCUCUUUUCUUGCCUUCAAGUAUUAUCUGGUUCUACUUUUUGUUGUGGAAAUUGCAUGGGCUCUUCUUUUGUGAUUGGUUUUGUUUACCCCUCGGUUUCUUGCGUAGGAGUAUCAAUCAAAUGCCUCCCUC